AUGGCCAAAGUCAGUCACCUUUGCGCCACCUGCGUUUAUGCACUCGGUCAUCCCCUCGACUAUCGUUCGCCUGGAGAGCACCACUUGACCAUUAACGCUAUCCGGCAAGCCGUCCAGGAGGGCUGCUUCAUAUGCUCACAGAUUUGGAACGUAGAUGAACAGGGUCUUGUUAUAAAGCGCGACGAAAAUAAAGCUGUAGAUCAAGAACGUCAUCUACCCGCAGAAUACAUCAUUGAGUCCGUGCUGAACUGCGACUGGAAGAACCAACUGAUACUGUUUUCCAUCUUGGAUGAGACAAACAUUGGUGAGCCAAACUAUAGCGAUUUUGAGCUCAUUCCUAAGAGAGUGGCCGAGUCGGUCUAUGGGUCGCCCUGGCCUCCCCUGGAUGACAGAACCUCUUCGCUACUGAGCCUAGAUCAAGCCUAUGACUGGCUGACAUCUUGCCGUGCUCAGCAUCCGUCAUGCAACAGAUUAUCUAAAUCUGGGAAAUGGCUGCCCACGCGUUUGAUAGACAUUGGGUCAGAGAUGGAUGACUUGUGGAAGCUCCGUGUCGUUGCUGAAGAGGGCUUGCAUACAUCCGCCCUCUACAUUACCCUGAGUUAUCGCUGGGGAACAGACCCAAGCAUAACACUCCUCGCGUCAAAUAUCGACGAGUUUUGUCAUGGGAAGCGAAUUAGCAGUCUCCCACAGACAUUCCAAGACCUCAUAACUGUUGCACGGCGCUUCUCUGUUCGAUAUGUCUGGAUCGAUGCUCUCUGCAUAAUUCAAGACUCGUCUCAAGACUGGGCAUCCGAAUCUGCCGCAAUGCAAUACGUGUACGCAAAUUCCAUCUGCACUAUCGCCGCCUCGGCGUCUUCGGGUCCUGAAGGAGGGUUAUUCCGCUCACGACAGCCCGAAGUAGUGUGCCCUGCGGUUGUAAACGUCGCCUAUGGGGACGAGGCUCCCGUGGACUGUUACAUUUGGGACACAAAAUAUUGGCCCAGACACUUCGAAAGAAGCGAACUACUCACAAGAGGAUGGGUUUUCCAAGAACGCUUUCUGUCCCCGCGGGUCCUUUACUUUGGUCAUGAUCAGAUACUAUGGGAGUGCAUGACGGACCACAAGUGCGAAGGCUUUCCGGGUGGUGUUCCAGAUCACGAAUCUGACAAGAGCUCUUAUGCAAUUCCGUCUCUGGAAGAUUCUGAAGUAAACCGUCAAGGGCCUUUGUUCUCAAAUACGAUGUUUCGCCUCUGGACAGGCUUGGCUUGGCACUACUCUGAAUGCACCCUAACUAAGCCGACUGAUAAGCUUGCCGCAUUUGCAGGGAUAGCAAAACUCUUUCAAGAGCAUACUGGCGACGAUGACCACGCCGAGACCGCGUCCCGUUGA